AGAGCGGGGAUCCUCCCCUGCGUGCGGGCGCUGCUGCGGAGAGGUAUCGCUGCCCGGGGCCGGCCGGGAGGGCUGUGCCCCGCGAGGUGCUUGUGAGAUAUGGAAGGGGCGGCUGGGUGAUGGGUCCCUCGCUUUCCCUUUCGCUUGCGUCUGGAAGAAGCACAGUGAACUAGGUGGGAAGUAAAAUGCUCCCGACAAUGCGUCGCCAUCGGGGGGAUCGCGACAGGCCUAGUGUGCUGGAUAUCUUCUGCUUCGCACGGAAUUGGAACUAGACGCAAAGCUGGGGUUGUUACUGGCAGAAGAACCAGGAUUCAGAUCUCAGUGGAACUUGCUUUCAAAGGCUGUUGAAACAAAGGACUGCUUUCUAAUUUGGACAUGGCUAAUCGAGGAGCGACAAGGCCCAACGGGCCAAAUGCUGGAAAUAAAAUUUGCCAAUUUAAACUAGUACUUUUAGGAGAGUCUGCAGUUGGCAAGUCAAGUUUGGUGCUUCGUUUUGUAAAAGGACAGUUUCAUGAAUUUCAAGAAAGUACAAUUGGAGCUGCUUUUCUAACCCAGACUGUAUGUCUGGAUGAUACAACGGUAAAAUUUGAAAUUUGGGAUACAGCUGGGCAAGAGCGGUACCACAGUUUAGCACCCAUGUACUACAGAGGAGCACAAGCAGCUAUAGUGGUAUACGACAUCACAAACGAGGAAUCCUUUGCCAGAGCGAAAAAUUGGGUCAAAGAACUUCAGCGACAAGCAAGUCCUAACAUUGUAAUAGCUUUAGCAGGAAACAAAGCUGAUCUAGCUAACAAAAGAGCUGUGGAUUUCCAGGAAGCACAGGCUUAUGCAGAUGACAACAGCCUAUUGUUCAUGGAGACGUCUGCCAAGACAUCUAUGAACGUAAAUGAAAUAUUCAUGGCAAUUGCAAAAAAAUUGCCCAAGAAUGAACCACAGAAUGCAGGAGCCAGCUCUGCCAGAGGAAGAGGAGUAGACCUUACUGAACCCACACAACCACCCAAGAGUCAAUGUUGUAGUAACUAAAAGAUCAAUUGCUUUAAACUGUUCUGAAUAUUCUUCUGCUUCCUAACUGUUAAUAACCAUGGAAUUGGAGUGCUUAACCUGGUCCAGUACAGCUUCCAAACAGCGAAGAGACUUACAAUAAUAGUCAAGUUCAUGAUACAGAGUUUUCUUUUCACCUAAAAUUUUAACAUGCAUGUAUCCACCACUGGCUGUAAUGUUUCAGCAGUAGAGGAGAGAUGGAGGCGGAAUAAACUUCCUUCAGUUGAAAGGUUUUAAAAAUCAGUUGUUAUUAUUAGAGGUGUAGAAGAACUACUUUCUGUGGACCUAAUUGGCCAGUUCCUGUAGCCUCAAUACUGAUCACUGUUAUAAUAAAUAGAAUUGGGUCUUUUCAUAAUUCUCAAUUGUGCUUUAAAACCUCCUUAGAAACAGGGUCUAAAAUUUACUUAAACUUAUUUGCAGUAUUGAUGCAACCAGUUGUUUCUGCAGGUAUCCAUUGUUUAGUUAUACAUUCCAUAGGUUAAUAAUUUUAUUACAAAUAAUACUUGCAUUAACAAUUUUAAGAAUCCUAUGCUUGCUGGAAAGUGGAGUUUUAGUUGGUACACUGUAUGUAAAUUAUAUCAACCCAGUUAGUUAUCUUAAUGAAUUAGUGAUGAAUCAAGUCUAACUUCAUUUCUAAUCUGUUCAGAGGGUACAGACCAGUAAAUUCAACUCUACAACUUAGGAUAUGGGUUUUUUUGUCCUCUACAAACUGUAAGAGCUCUUCAAGUAAAACCACAACAAACUCGG